AUGCGUAUACAUCUGCCGUUACAUCCUGCUCAAUUCGAUCCUCCCGCGUCCUCCUCUUCAUCCUCAUCGUCAUCGCCAUUAAUCCAACUCGGCGGCGAUCUAGUAUUGGUCGAACUACAAGGUGAACUCAGCUACGAAGGGGAUAAGUCAGAUGGUGUGAUAGGUGUGAUAGGACUGGAUAGACCGGACAAACCGACCUUGCAUCUAGGUCCUCAUCAUCUUCUCCACGGUAAAUUCGUCAACCUCCAAAAACCCUAUGCAGUCAUACGUAAGGUGAUAGGUAAAAGUAAUUCAGUAGAGGGAACAACGAAAUUAGAAGGUAAUGCUUCAAACGAAGAAUCCAAUGAAGAAGAUUCAUCAUCAGAAGAAGAGGAAAAUCUUUUUGGAAAAGAUGAUGAGCCCAGUACACCACUCAGAUCCAAAGGAAAAGGAGUGGACUAUUCCUCGAGUCCUGUAUAUGCUCCAUUGACUCCUAUAGAUUAUUCGAGUGAUUUGGAGAUGGACCCAUCUUCUCCUGCUAGAUCAGAGUGGGAUCAGAUUGAACAUGAUGAUCAGGAAGACGAAGAACAAAGCCAGCAGAGACCAAACAAAAGAGCGAGGACGAAAGUCAAUGGCAAUGGAGGAGGGAAAAUAAGUAAAGUCGAAAGAAGGAAGAAGGAAAAACAGAAAAAAAUGAAAUCGGGUGAGAAAGAUAGAACGAGGAAUUAUCAGGUUAUAGGGAUAGUAAAGAAGAAAGUGGUAUUUGCUUUGAGACCAGAACCUCUAGUCGCUCCUACUAUCUUACCGGAGUAA